GAACUAUAUUAUGGGACAGAGGAAGUAUGUGCAGUGUUACCAAUGUUUUUACUUUGAGUUAAGUGAGCUCUUCGGCCCUUUGGCUCUUUUAUUUCUCUUCCCUUUUCUCAACUCUCAAGUGAAGGGUGGAAAGAUAGGUGUAAUUUGUGUGUGGCAAGAUGCUUCAAAUCCGUCUUAAUAAAGGCGCGUCUUUAGACGGAGGCAAUGGAGCAACGUCGUUGCCAGGGGAGACUGUCACUGUGGCAUGCCCUGAUCAUCUUGUUCUUGCUGACCUUCCAGUUGCCAAGGGUCUUGGUUCGGCAACUGCUGCUUCGUUUGUGAAGAUUGUUGGUCGUAGAUCCCGAAGACAGCUUGCUGAGCGAGUCCAUUUUUGUGUCCGUUGUGAUUUCCCUAUUGCAAUUUAUGGCCGCCUGAGUCCGUGUGAGCAUGCUUUCUGUCUUGAUUGCGCUAGGAGUGAUUCAAUCUGUUAUCUAUGUGAUGAUCGGAUCCAGAAGAUACAAACUAUCAAAAUGAUGGAGGGAAUCUUCGUUUGUGCUGCUCCCCACUGCCUCAAGUCGUUUUUGAAAAAGUCUGAAUUUGAGUCUCACAUACAUGAAAGCCAUGCUGACUUACUUCAGCCAAAUAUGAAGAAGGAGGAUAUGAAUGAAUCGGAGGGAUCAGGACUAAAGCAAUCUUCAAAUUUAGAUACAACUCUUCGAGGUCCAUCAAGGUCAGGUUUCUCUCCUAGCUCAAAUCAUCAGGUUAAUGAACGUGAAGAUAAAACUCGACGUCAGCAAUCUAGAGACCAACCUCCACUCCGACCGCUUAUGCAACCAAAACCACCCUCGUUUUAUGGACAAUCCCACCCUUCUGAUGGGCAACCCGACAACCGGCAAAUGAGCCUUGAUGGGUCAGGUCAAAGUCGGAUGCAGCAGCAAAAUGUUGAUGCACAGAGCGGAUCGCAGCAGGACUUUAGCCAGUUUUCAGACAAACAGCAGCAAGGAAUUCUGCCUGAUCCACAUCGAGAUUACCCACCAAUGUACCCGCAGCAGCCACCUAAUUUUUCGAUGCCUGCUAAUGCAAACCCGAUGAUGAUGGGCCCGCCUCCAUUUGGCUUUCCUCCAUUCCCAUCUGACGGAGCUCCACCCUUUUACGGUGCACCAAUUCCCUAUGAGAUAGCACGAUCAGACUCCACCGGAGAAGGUGGAUCCGAGCAAGGGUCAGUAUUGGGUUUUACACCGGGACCUGGUGGGCCUGUUAGUUUCUCAGAAGGUUAUCCUCGUCCUUGGAAUGGAGGAUCCUCAAAUGUUCCUUUUGAAGCUGUCCAGGGUGGCCAAGGCAUGAUGGCAGCACAACAAGGCAUGCCGCCGCCGCCACCUCCACCAGGGCCACCUCCUCCUCAUUUGAUGCAGCAUAAACAUGGGUACUUUUCAGGUGAUGUGAGUAAUGAUGGUAAGAACUAUGGAUGGCAAUCAGAGCGGCGCGAUGGUUUUGGAAGUAGCCAGGACUAGUGCAACUUUCUCUGGUUAUAAUGUUUUGUGUUAUAUCUUUUUCACAUUUUCUCAAAUGUCAUACAACCAUAUCGGACAAGUUUCCAAGUAGUAAUAGUUGAUCCUUUAAUUUGGUUCAUUUUCUGUUGAAUACUUUGGCCUUGAUAUUGCGCUGUUUUCUUAUCCA